AUGGAAACCACUUUUAUUCUCAUUUUUAUAUUAUUCCCGUUCUUUCAAACAUAUAACGCAAUCAGUAACAACAUCAUGGUCACAAAUUCUUCAAACAUCACAUGUAUCCCAAAGGAGCGACAAUCACUGGUUGUAUUCAAACAAGGCCUUACGGAUGAAUCAAAUCGUCUUUCAACAUGGACGGGAGUAAAAUGUUGUGAAUGGGAGGGAGUUGGGUGUGAUAAGAGAAAUGGCCAUGUUGUCAAACUUGAUCUUCGAUCUCCAUUAUCUUUCAUUGACUACUAUAUAUCAUCAAACACAAGGAGGAGCUGGCUAAAAGGUAAGGUUAGUCCUUCAUUACUCAACUUGAAGUAUUUGCGUUACUUGGACCUGAGCAUGAACAAUUUCACGGGGCAAAAUAUUCCUGAAUUCUUUGGGUCAUUCAAAUAUUUGGAAUACCUAAACCUCUCUUUCUCAGGUUUUAGUGGUGUAGUCCCCCCUCAUCUAGGAAAUCUCUCAAGGUUAGAGUAUCUUGAUCUCCAUCUCUUAUAUAGGUACGACAUGGUACCUCUCUCGUAUGACGUUUCGUUGAUGGUCAAGGAUGAUCUACAGUGGAUGUCUUUGUUGUCAUCGUUAAAGCAUUUGGAUUUCUCAGGGAUAACAAUCGGUAACCAUAUUGAUUGGUUCCAUCCAAUUAAUAUGUUACCUUCUUUGCUUACACUCAACUUGGCCUUGUGUGACAUCAAUUUAUCCUUUAUAAAAUUCAUCAAUUUCACAUCUCUUAAUUCACUUGAUCUCUCUUUUAAUGGUAUCAACUCCACUUUUCCAGUCUGGUUAUCAAACCUUAGUAGCCUUGAGCAUCUAAACCUUGAGAAAAACAACUUCCAUGGCCGAAUAUCCGAUUUUAUUGGGACCUUGAGCUCUCUUUCUUCCAUCGAACUUUCAUCAAACCAAUUGUCUGGUCCAAUACCUCCCUCACUUAGUGGCCUGUCAUCUCUAAGAGUGCUCGAUCUUUCAAUGAAUCAAUUGUCUGGUCCAAUACCUCGUUCACUUGGUGGCCUAUCAUCUCUAAGAGUGCUCGAUCUUUCAAUGAACCAAUUGUCUAGUCCAAUACCCCGCUCACUUGGUGGCCUAUCUUCUCUAAGAGUGCUCGAUCUUUCAAGGAAUCAAUUGAGUGGGAGCAUACCCAAAAGUAUUGGACAAAUGUCAAUGCUUGAAGAACUUCAACUUUCUGUAAAUCACUUGAGUGGGGGCUUGCCUAAAAGCAUUGGACUACUUACGAGGUUACAUGAGCUCUCUCUUUAUAUUAAUCAAUUGAGUGGGAGCAUUCCCACUAGUCUUGGUGAGCUCUCAUCCCUUUUUAAACUAGAUGUCUCUUAUAACUCGUUGGAUGGGGUUCUUUCUGAAAUUCACUUUAUGAAACUCAACAAUCUAGUCGUGUUAGAUUUGUCUGAGAAUUCAAUAACGUUCAAUGUGAGCCCUAAUUGGAUUCCACUUUUCCAAUUGAACUAUUUUCGUGCAAGCUCCUGCAACAUCGGACCUCAAUUCCCAAAUUGGCUUCAAACAUCAACAUAUAUUAUAGAUAUACAUCUUUCCAAUUCGGGUAUUAGAGAUAGCAUACCGGAAUGGUUUGAGAACAUCACAUUUCAUCUUGGCUUUUUGGAUUUGUCAGAAAACAAGAUCGGUGGAAAUUUGCCACGAAUGAGAAAUCCAGGUAUCGUUGCAGUUAAUCUUGCGCAAAAUCUCUUCAACGGAAGUGUUCCAACACAUUUAUGCGAGUGGUCUAGUAUAAGGCUACUUGAUUUAUCAAAUAAUAACUUCUCUGGAGUUCUCCCCAAAUGCGUAGGAAACUUAAUUCAUUUACAGGUGAUGGAUAUAAAAAAUAAUACUCUAACGGGUGAUGUUCCGAGUUCAUUAGGUUUUCUUUCAAAUCUCGAGUCAUUGCACUUGAGCAACAACAAAUUUAAGGGCAAUCUACCGGUGGCUUUACAGAACUUGACGCGCUUAGUCACUUGUGAUUUAGGGAAAAAUUUGUUGACAGGUGAUAUUCCAUCUUGGAUUGGAAAUAAGUUAUCCAAGCUUAGAAUCUUGAAUCUCCAAUCAAAUAAUUUUAUGGGUAAGAUUCCACCGAAACUGUGUCAAAACAACGCUCUUCAACAUUUAAACUUGGCAAAUAAUAACAUAAGUGGAAUGAUCCCUCAUUGUAUUUAUAAUUUAACUGGUAUGAUAGUGACUAGUGUUGACUUUCAAUACUAUGCCUCUCCAUAUGAAGAAAAUAUUGAGAGUUACAUAAAAGGUAUACAGUUGAAGUACACCAAGACACUUAAGUAUCUUACGUCCAUAGACUUCUCAAGCAACCAAAUUAUUGGUGAAAUUCCUGAUGUUUUAAUGAACCUAGCAGCUUUGAACAACUUGAAUCUUUCUAGAAACUUGUUAAGUGGACAGAUUCCGACAAGGAUUGGAAAUCUAAACAAAUUGGAAUCUUUAGAUUUUUCGAUGAACUUGUUGUCUGGUGGAAUUCCUCAAAGUUUGGCUACCUUAAACUUUCUAAGUUACUUAAAUCUCUCCUUCAAUAACUUAUCUGGUCAAAUACCAUUUGGAAGCCAGCUCCAAACUUUAGGUGACCCAUUAGCUAUUUAUGGAGGGAACAAUGAGUUAUGUGGACCCAUACUAUUGAGAAGUUGCAAUAGAAAGAGCUUACCAGAUACUCAUGUUAGUGACGAAGACGGUAAUAUUGAAAUCGAAGAUUUUUGGUUGUUAAUUACCAUAAUUCCUGGUUUUGUUGUCGGAUUUAUGGGAUUCAUUGGUAGCUUGUACUUCAUAAAAGAAUGGAGGCUAGUUUACUUUGAAACUAUAGAGAAUGUUUACUCAUGGCUUGUAGUAUGGAUUAUAGUGACUCUUACACGAAUACAGAGGAAGAUUUUCUAG